AUGGCGAUUGCCUAUGACGAUUACUACCCUUCUGUUAUAGCAGUUGCUUAUGGCGAUUACUUCCUUCGCCUCUCUUCUUCAUUCUGGUAUUCCCAUGGUUGGGGAGAUAUGGCAGUUUGGCCAUCUACGCGCUUUGGGCGUGCUUAUCCUCGGCGAUUAUGUUUUCUCAACCGCACUCUGGUGGUUAUGUUAUUUUCAUCUUCAUCGCCAAUUUCGGCCACCCGAGCAGUUAUUCGCACAUCAUCCCUAUCCUCGAUGUCGAUCUUCUUCUACGGCAGUUUACUUGGCGGUUGCCUCUGUUUCUACUUCUAUAUCAGAGUGCGCCUCUUUCAUGUCUUUCAUCGUUCACUUCUGCUAUUGCCCAUUCACCCUUUGUACAUGAUCAUGGCUUCCUCUAGCAAUGUUCCGUCUGAGGCUGAUAUUGUUGUUCGUGUCUCUGGUGCUAACAAGGAGAUUUCGGAACGGCGUGCUACUCUGAGUCUUGUUGCUCGCAUCUUUGAUCCCCAACCGCCCAAUCAUCUGGUUAUUCAACAGAUUCUUAGCAAACUUUGGGGCCUCACGGUGGGUCUCGUUGUGUUCGAGGCUGGCUUCGGUUUGUUCAGGAUCGUCUUCCCGACUAAGUCUGAUCGUGAUCGGGCUUUGGCAAAGCAACCUUGGCCUUUCCGGAAAUACUUACUCAAUCUUCAGGCAUGGGAACCCCCGACUCAGGCGCUGUAUGAUCGUAUGGCAUCCAUGUCAUUCUGGGUGCAGCUUAAGGGUGUCCCUCAUGAUUUUUGCACUAUUGACUUCGGCCAGGAGUUAAUGCAGCAAUUGGGGGAGAUUUUGGAUGUGGGCAUUUUUGGCUCCCGUACUUCUGCUGGAUAUUUCCUCAAAGUCAAGAUACUGCUGGAUGUUACUCUCUCUUUUCGUGGGAGACUGAUGGCUGAUUCAGGGGAGUCUUCUUCUCCGGGAGUUGCUAGCCGGUUCUGGGUGUAUUUAUGCUAUGAACGACUUCCCCCGGUUUGUUAUCGCUGA